UGAUUUUUGCAAAAUUGUAGCGUUAGCAAAUGCAAUUCACUCUAACAGUGGCCCUAAUUCGAUGACCCUGCAACAAAUUGUACCAUCAUGGCAGCUGAGAAGAAAUGGCUCUUUACCCUCUUCUCUGCCGCCUUUGUUUCGUUGCUUAUUUUCCUCUCUGCAAUGUCCGGUUUCAGUGCAUCUUCUGCUUUCAACUCUCACAGGUCGUUCCCCUCUACUUUGCGGUAUGGGGCUAAAUACCCGCCUGCAUUUGCUUAUUACAUCUCUGGGCGAAGAGGGCAUAAGGACCAGAUCUUUCGGUUGUUGCUCGCGGUUUAUCACCCCCGUAACCGCUACCUUCUCCAUCUUGGCCCAGAAGCUUCGAAUGAAGAACGGCAAAGACUGGCCGAGGCCGUCCGCACUGUUCCAGCUAUCCGGGCUUUUGGGAACGUUGAUGUUAUAGGGAAUCCGGAUCCUGUUACUGACAUGGGAUCGUCCAACAUUGCUGCCACGCUUCGUGCCGCUGCAAUUCUCUUGAGGGUUGAUAGCGGUUGGGAUUGGUUCAUCACUUUAACUGCAUCGGAUUAUCCACUUCUUACUCAGGAUGACUUGUCUCAUGUGUUCUCCACGCUGAGGAGGGAGCUCAAUUUCAUUGAUCACACCAGUGACCUUGGAUGGAAAGAGUACCAGAGGGUUCAUCCAAUUGUAGUUGACCCAGGGAUUUACUUGGCUAGGAGGACUCAAAUCUUUUAUGCUACCCAGAAGCGGCCAACACCUGAUGCUUUCAAAUUUUUUACGGGUUCUCCAUGGGUUAUUCUGAGCCGAGCCUUCCUUGAAUUCUGUGUUCUUGGUUGGGAUAAUCUUCCCAGAACUCUUCUUAUGUAUUUUAAUAAUGUAAUUUUAUCCCAAGAAGGGUAUUUCCAUUCUGUAGUUUGCAAUUCACCAGAGUUCCAGAACACGACUGUGAACACUGAUCUAAGAUACAUGAUCUGGGAUAAUCCCCCCAAAAUGGAACCUCGCUAUCUCAAUGUUACAGACUAUGAUCCCAUGGUGCAAAGUGGGGCUGCCUUUGCGAGACAGUUCCAUAAAAAUGACAGGGUACUGGACAUGGUGGAUGAUAGGAUUCUAAUGCGUGGUUCCAAUCGUGCUGCAGCAGGGGCCUGGUGCACUGGUAAGAGAAGAUGGUGGAUGGAUCCGUGUUCAAAGUGGGGUGAUGUCAAUGUUGUGAAGCCCGGGCCACAGGCGGAGAGGUUCAGGGAGGUAAUGACAGGUCUUAUUGAUGAUUGGAGUUCACAGUCAAGUUCAUGCAAGUGAUGCGAAGCGAGAUCUCAAGGUAGAAAAGUGCUGGUUAUGUAAUGAUAUGCAUCUGCACCUGAGACCACCACCAUCGGUUGAGGUACUUAUAUUAUGAGAGUACAUGUAUUCCGAGUUUU